AUGGUCGCCGUCAUCGCCACAACACUGGCCUUGAUACAUUCUCUGCUUUCAAUCGUGUCGGAGGCGCACUCCUGGAUCGACUGUAUCGACACUAAACGGUCCACGGUUUACGAUGAAAGUGUGUCGUAUAUUUUUGGGGGGGCCAGUGGCGACGGAAAAUGUCAAGGAUAUGGAGAAUAUUACCCGGGUCGCGGUAAUGGCGAUAUCGGCAUGGAAUACACGCACAAGAUGCUAAAGAAUGAGGUAGAGGCUGGAACACCCGUGUGCAUGAGCGCUGGUGGCAACGCGUACUCGGACUGGAGAAAGCGGAUUUCGCUCGCCCCGGGUCAGGAAGCGUUCUUCGGGUACAUGCCAAAUGGCCACAUUACUAAGGACAAGAAGGCUAUUGGCACACAGUACGGGAUCUACUGGACAGCUCAGGUUGGGACAUCGCUUACAUCGACGCUCGAUAUGAAACCGGAACAUUUGCUCAAUGGACACACAAUGAACUUCGACGAUGGGAACUGUGGCGAGUCGGUCGACUAUAAUGGAAACCCAAGUGGUCGGGCUGGUAAUGGCAAGCCAUGCGUCGGUACGUUCACCAUUCCGGCAGGGACCGCCCCGGGUAUUUAUAAGUUGGUGUGGUACUGGACAUUUUGGCUCGAUAACGAGGCUUCCUACGUUGACCCGGCCCAAGCAAAGGGAUACUUUGGCGCGGCGUACUCAACGUGCUUUGAGGUCGAGGUCAUCUCAGAUGGAAGCGAUGCUACGAAGGCUGAGGCAGCACCUGUUGCCCCGGCUCAGAUAGCUCCUCCAAUGUCCCUGCCAUCGAACCCUAUCGCGGAAGCUGCCACCCCAAAGCCAGCGGCCGAGAAGACCUUGGAUUUCGGGGUCAUUGCACCAAAACCUGUGGACGACGGCGUUCCGCCCUCGAAUAAUGGCUUGAAAGGCGGCGCGACCGUGCACGGGGGACUACAAAGCUCUUCAAAGUGGAGAGAUAGCUCGCUUGUGUCCGAUUCUACCCCCGAUGACGAUAAUCUGGACGUCAAGCAGGAGGAGCCCCCGGCGUCAUCGAAGGCGGCCUCUCCUCGUUCGUCGAACAAGGUUUCUGCACCUUCAUCGACGGCAGCCUCUGCUCCUUCAUCGACGGCGAUCUCUGCUCCAUCGUCGACGUCUGAUCACUCAUUAAAAUCUACAUCGUCUACAAUGAAGCAGGGUAGCUCUGCUAACUACAUCAAAACAAGCGAUGGAUGGCUCGUCCUGGGUGUCGCAUUACUACUUGGAGCUUUGGUGUAG